AUGCCGGAAUACCCAUUGCCAAUAUCGGUGGAUCCGGUAUCUUUGGUGACUACAGAAUGCAUCACGGUCACCUCGGCUAUGCGCAAGCAUGCCCGCUGGGCUCACUCCUCCGUAGCCGCCAUCCUAGGUGGCAGCGGCUCAACAAAAGGCAGUGACCGCGAUAUAUCAGCUUCUCCCAUCUCGAGCACAAGAAAUACCGCUGGCGGAAAUAAGAAGCCCAACUCCGAUAACUCAAGUCUCUCGUCUGCAGCCGAGGGAGACCAUGCAUUGGCCAACAGAUGGGGCUUGAGGGGUAAAAAAGGGAAGAGCAUCCAAGACAACCCUCUUAUAUCCGCCUUCACGCGUUUGCGAAGUGACUUGAAGUCAUGCAGAGAUGUCCGCGCGUUUGAUGCUCCGUCGUUGCUUCAUCCGUUUCUCCAGGUCAUUCGUUCUUCAUCAACCUCUGCACCGAUCACCUCGCUGGCAUUGGUUGCCGUCACGAAAUUCCUUGCCUACGAUAUCGUCAACCGCCAUUCGCCUCGUAUCUCUGUUGCAAUGCAACUCCUAUCGGCCGCGAUCACACACUGUCGGUUUGAAGCGAGCGAUACGGUUGCUGACGAGGUGGUUUUGUUGAGGAUACUCAAGCUGAUGGAAGGAAUGCUGUCGCGACCGGAAGGAGAACUGCUAGGAGAUGAAAGCGUUUGUGAAAUGAUGGAGACAGGGUUGAGCAUGUGCUGCCAGAACCGUCUGUCAGAAUUACUCCGCCGAUCGGCUGAAAUGUCCAUGAUCAAUAUGUGUCAAGUGACAUUCAUGAGAUUAUCCACAAUCGGAACCGAAGAGAUUGAUAUCGAUGUGCAUCAUCAACAGCAACAUAUAGAGGAUGAGACUGCCAACCUCAAAAUGGACCCUUCUCUCGACGGGGACACGGUUAUUCCCCAACAUCCGUCAACUAUGGGUUCCGACACCAUCCCUGCUGACAAAGAGGAAAAGGAGCCCUUAAACAAUGACGACCCUACGCCUACAAGCAGCGGCGACGCAUUAGUCGGCUCCGCUACGGAAAAUGAGGAGUCCCAAGUGGUCGAGGUACGUCCAUACGGCCUACUUUCAAUUCGAGAGUUAUUCCGUGUCUUGAUUGAUCUCUUGGACCCGCAUAAUCCUCAGCAUACCGAUGCUAUGAGAGUCAUGGCGUUGAGAAUUAUUGACGUCGCUCUUGAGGUCUCCGGACCUUCAAUUGCUCGUCAUCCAAUGCUUGCGGCUUUAGCUGAAGACGACUUGUGUCGCCAUCUCUUUCAGCUAGUGCGUUCAGAGAACAUGGCAAUCCUUAAUGCGUCAUUAAGAGUAACCGGUACUUUACUUUCAACCUGCCGGUCGGUUUUGAAAUUGCAACAGGAGCUCUAUUUAUCCUAUCUGGUUGCUUGUCUCCAUCCUCGAGUGGAAAUUCCCAGAGAGCCUGGCAUCAAUCCAUCACUUUAUGAGGGUGUCCCUCAGGCACCGAAACAAGCCAGCAGUGGCCGCUCAACACCUAUUCCCGUCAAAGACAGACAAAAGCUAGGCUUAGAGGGAGGUGUUAGGAAGCCCGAGGCCCGAGAAGCCAUGGUUGAGAGCAUAGGCGUAUUAGCCCGUAUGCCAGGCUUUAUGGUGGAACUAUUCGUCAACUAUGAUAGCGAGGUGGAUCGUGCAGAUCUUUGUGAGGAUAUGCUUGGGUUACUUUCUCGAAACGCAUUUCCAGACUCGGCCACCUGGAGCACUACGAACGUGCCACCACUCUGUCUUGAUUCUCUUCUAGGUUACAUACAUUUCAUUGCCGACAGACUCGAUGAUGAGCCUCGGUAUGAAGGUUUACCAGAUCCUGAGAAAUUAAAGAGUCAACGACAAAGGAAAAAGAUCAUAAUACAAGGUGCCACCAAGUUCAAUGAAGACCCCAAGGCGGGAAUUGCAUACCUGGCUUCACAGGGUAUCAUUGAGAACCUCGAAAAUCCAGAACUUGUUGCUCGUUUCCUGAAAGGCACAACCCGUAUCUCAAAGAAGAUACUCGGCGAGUAUAUUGCUAAAAAGAAUAAUGAAAAAUUACUGGAGGCCUUUAUAGACCUGUUUGAGUUUUCCGGGAAAAGUGUUAUUGAGGCCCUUCGUGAGCUUCUAGGUUCAUUUCGACUGCCAGGUGAAUCACCAUUGAUCGAGAGGAUCGUAACGGUAUUCUCUGAAAAAUACAUGUCUAAAGCAGAACCCGCUGAGAUAGUAGACAAGGAUGCCUUGUUUGUCUUGAUAUAUGGUAUUAUCAUGCUGAAUACCGAUCUAUACAAUCCAAAUGUCAAGUCUUCAAACCGCAUGACCUACGUCGAUUUUGCAAGGAAUUUAAGGGGAGUUAACGGCGGUAAUGAUUUUGACCCGGAUUAUUUACAAAGCAUCUAUGACUCAGUCAAGCAGAAUGAGAUCAUUCUCCCUGACGAGCAUGAAAACAAGCAUGCUUUCGACUUCGCCUGGAGAGAACUAUUGAUGAAAACCCCAGCUGCUGGAGACCUGGUAAUCUGUGACACCAAUAUAUAUGAUGCUGAGAUGUUUGCUGCCACUUGGCGACCUAUUGUUGCCACACUUUCUUAUGUUUUCAUGUCGGCCUCUGAUGAUGCGGUCUUUUCAAGAGUGGUCCAAGGCUUUGACCAAUGUGCACAGAUUGCGGCAAAAUAUGGCCUGACAGAGGUCUUUGACCGAAUCAUCUACUGCCUAUCCUCAAUUAGUACACUAGCUACGGAAACACCGCCUAGCACCUCACUUAAUACGGAAGUCCAAGUGGGAAAGAAAGCAGUCAUGGUCAGCGAGUUGGCUGUCAAGUUUGGCCGAGAUUUCAGGGCUCAACUUGCUACCGUGGUAUUAUUCAGGAUCUUGCUCGGAAACGAAAGCACGGUAGGGCAAAGUUGGAAAUACAUUAUUCGCACCCUACAUAACUUAUUUAUCAACGCCCUCAUUCCGCCUUUCGCAGAUGGUCUCGUCUCUAGUCUUAAUAUUCCGUCGAUUCCGCUCCAGCCUCCAUCACAAGUCGUGGAGCGUGAAACACGGGGAGAGACUGGUCUACUAUCUGCUUUCACAUCGUAUCUUUCGAGUUAUGCUGCUGAUGAUCCACCGGAACCGUCGGAUGAAGAACUCGAGAAUACGCUUUGCACAAUUGACUGCGUAAAUGCUUGCAACAUUGGCGAUAUGUUAAAUAACCUCAUAUCAUUACCUCAACCGUCUCUGUCAAACUUAGUUGAUGCUUUGCUAUUCGAAUUACCGGAAGAGAACGCUUCAGCUGUCAUAGUGGUGAAAAGCGAGCGCCCAUCCUCCGGCGGACCACGACCCCCCAGCGCUAAGGGUGAUUUGACAUCACCGGGUUAUAAUCCUGCUAUUCGAGAUUCGGAGACAAUUGAAUGCGUUGGUGAAAAUCUAGCCAGCUCCUUACAAGGCAUAAUUCGAGAUGCAAGGAAUGUCCACCCUCUUAUCGUCUCCAGAGUUCUAUAUUAUCUUCUCAAUCUUCUCCGACUGAGUUAUGAUCAACCAUUCAUGCGCGCCCCGGUCAUCUUGCAUGCUAUCUCUAGUUUCGAUCAAGACAUCCUAGAGAUGUCGGCGAUAUCAAUUCUUAACAGCUUGUCACGAUGCAUUGCUGAAUCGGAACAUUUGAGGAGGGAGACAAUUGUGUCGCCUGACUUUUGGUCCAUCCUGCAACGCCUUCGUCCUCACAACGCGUCUGCCCCCCUUGUUUUUGAUAUUCUUCAAGGAAUUGUUGAAAUUGUGCCACCGGCAAUUUCAUCCGAUAACUACGAAGCUGCUGUUGCGCUCGCGAAUGAUUUUGCAAGUGCGGGAAGUAUAGGAGCCGCUGAAGAACGUAGGAGAGAUGGCAGCAUUCGCAGAUUAAGAGGCGCCAAAGCUGAGAAGCCAGUUGAAAAUGAUACCGCGACGAGAGGAAUAAACGCUAUCGGUGUCAUUUAUCAAAUGACAAAUCGCACCCCUAGUUUGAUUCAACAGUCUCAUCUCGAAAAGAACGAAGCUUGGGCUGCCUACUGGUCUCCCAUUUUCCAAUCAUUGACGAUGCAAUGUACCAACCCUUUUCGAGAUAUACGCCAUCAGGCUAUCUCGACUCUACAGCGCUCCUUAGUUUCCUUACAAUUCGAAUCCGAAAAUGAUGAUAAAUGGACAUCAAUUUUCGACGAGGUCCUAUUUCCUCUCAUCCUACGGCUAUUGAAACCCGAAAUAUAUCACUCUGAUCCAGUAGGAAUGGGCGAAACGCGUGUUCAGGCUGCCACUCUCGUCUGCAAGAUAUUCCUCCGAUAUCUAGAUCAAAUAUCUAACUCCGGUGGCAUGCUUGACCUAUGGCUCAAAAUCCUGGACAUACUUGAUCGGAUGAUGAAUAGUGGCCAAGGUGAUAGUCUGGAGGAAGCAAUUCCUGAAAGCGUGAAGAACAUCCUUUUGGUUAUGGCAGACAGUGGCUACCUCACUCCUCCACCAUUCAGCGAUUCAAAUGAAGAGAAGAUUUGGACAGAAACUAGAAAACGUCUUGAUCGUUUUCUUCCAAACCUGUUCAAUGAACUCUUUCCGAUCCCCGAACUACCACCCACUGUCUCCGAUAGAAGUGGCGAGGAAAGUGCUGAAAAACCAACAUCCAGCGGUAAUGAGUUGAGUGAGAAGGAACAUUUGGAAGAGAAACAACAGCCAACGUCAUCAAGUUCAGCUGACAUGAACUAA